AUGCAUGCUGCUUAUCCAAAUUCUCCUAUUGAUGACGAUGAACAUUUUGAGUUCGUUGACUAUACUGCAGCUUCACAUUGGGAGCGAUUCAUUACAACUGUCGAAGAAGUUUUAACUGGGUGGGGUGUAAAUGAUGGUCAACUUGGAAUAUUUGACGAGUCAAAGUUACCCCCUCUUGGUGAUAAAAUUUCCACUAAAAUAGUUGGAGGCAUUGAUCCUUUUGUAAAACGAGAGAUAAUAAUUCUUGAUGAUACUUCAUAUACUUUAUCAUAUCAUUAUCACCCAAUAAAACGGUGGAAUGAAUUUGCUAUAAACCACCCUCCUGUUUCAAGCGGUUCUACUUUGGACCUUCCACCUCCACCUAUUACAACUCUUUUUCCCCCAAAUCCUGACCCAUUUUUACCGAGUUCAGAAUUCCUUCCUGUUUCUUUGCCGAAUACUUCACUGGACUCGACAUCAAUGAAUUUAAGUAAGAUUCAUCGGUGGACAGGUUUAACUCAUAUCUUGGUAUUGACUCCAACAGAUAUUUUUUCAACUGGAAUUUCAAAGUCUACAAGUAUAGAUCUUAAUACUACAAAGAUGUUACUAUCUUCAUUUGCAAUUGCGUUUCAUAAUACGAAAUGCAAGCUUCCGGUUUAUGUUCCGACUGGUCAAGUUGCGAAUUCUUUAUAUGCAGGUUAUAUGUGUUUAUUUAAUAAAGAGGUGAAAAAUGUUAAUGAUGCUAGUGAGGUUGAGAUAAGAUUCAAUACUACAUAUGUUCGUGAUGUCCCAGCUCGGUUUUCACAUUUAACAGGUUUAACCGAACUAUUUACCGAAAAAUUGGAUUUAAAUAAAUUUCCUUUAGAUCAAGUCGAUGUGCCGGAAUUAGACAAAAUGCCUCACCUUGGAAUCGCCGUAGCUGGGUUAUUUACAUAUGAAUUGCAAAAUUUGGAUGAUCAAGAUUGGAAAAAUCUCGAUGACAAUGAAUUGCAAUCUACACCAUUGAAUUUGUUAAAUAAUAAGAAAUCGUCCUUUGAAGAAAAUAUUUUUAAAGAAUUUGAAAACCAUAGUGAAAGAACGUUUGGAAAUGGAGAGGCAAAGGAUUCUUCUAGAUUUUCUCAGACUACCGUUGACCAAUUUACCUCAAGAAUUGCCUCGGUACCAAAUUUACCCUUUGGCCCACCAAAUGAUCCACUUCAGUCGUUAUCACUUACUGCUUUUUUUCCUUCUGCUCCGCGUGACACAUAUUUGGAUAAUGACGUGUAUUCAGAAGUAGACGCUGUGCGAGCUCCAAUUUGGAUCCUAGGAUGCAACUUUUGUCCCGAACAUCAAUUACAUGCAUUACUUUCCAGCAUAUUGGAUACAACUAUAAUUUCUUUAGAUUGUGACGAUGAAUUUUCCGAAAUAUCAAAUAAUUCAAAGGGCAAGCUUCGUAAUAAAAGUUUUAAAGGUCAGAUCAAUGAUAUACCGGGAACAUUCAAAACUUAUGAUUUAGUUUCUUAUGAUACAAUACGAUUUUCAAAUUCGACAGCUGAUGGAAUUGUUGAUAUGGAUGAUGUAGAUAUUGACAACAUUCUGAAUGUUUUAUUUCAUCAAUUAAGUAAUAAAAUAUUGCCAAAUAAUCAUGAUGAACGGAUUAAUACAUUGAGUGAUAUUCCCUUGUUGUCAGCAUCGUCCUUAGGACUUUCCUUUCGCGAUGCCAGAACUGUUCCUUAUAAAUCAUUAUUAUGGAACCUUCUCGAAUGUUUAUUGGAAACCGUAUCUCCUAUGACUAGUUCUAGGGGUUCAUUUUUAGGAUCUUUGAAAAUUUUAUGGAACGAAAUUCUUAGAGAGAUUCGUCGACAUUGGGAACGAGUUGAACCUUUGCCUGAUGUGAAUAUUUGUAAUAUGUCAGAAAAUGAAAAUGUAUCAUCUAUGGUUCAUCAAAAUGAUUUAUUACCAAUAGAUGACAAUAAAGUGAGGAAUUCUACGGUUGAAAAAACUAAUUUGAGAAAUGUUGGCAUAGAUAUGAGAUAUAAUUUAAUUCAUCAAAAGUUAUGCAUGAUGAAUUGUUGUACUGCACGAAUGCGACAAUAUCAAAAAUAUAACCCUAUGUUGUCCACAAGUCCAAGUUCCAUAAAGCAUCGAGUGUCACCAAAUAAUUCUUUAGAUUCUAUGUCCAAUAAAAUGAAUAAAAAUUCUCCGAUGGAACAAAAGCUAAUUAUAGAUCCGUUUGUUCGUUUGUUUGACCAUAUAACGGGAGAUGAUGAAAUUGCUACACCCGGGACUUCAGCUUCAAUGGUUUUAGUUCCCCCGGUAAAUUCAAACGGUGCUAGCAACACUGAAGCCAGUACUUUGGCUGAAAAAGAAGUAAAAUCCUCAUGUCAUAAUCAUUCGGCAAGUGUUGACUAUGUUUCAAUGCCCAGUGUUAAGGAAUUGGAAGAAGAAUGUUUUGAUGCUAUUGAAGAGGCAACGUCAACACCUUUAGGGAUUCCAAAGGACCAGAAAAAUACGAUUCGAUCAGCUUCUCAACAUCGUCGUUCGCCAUCUUCAUUCUCUCAUAUUCAUUCUAAUUCUCCGACAACUUCUUUAUUUUCUGAGCAAUCUGAUCCAAAUCCACAUGCAUCAUCUUUAUCCGAAUCAUUCAUUCAACUUAAUUAUUCAUCUAGUAUGGAAUCAAAUCAAGAGUUUGAGUUCACGGGUCGAAAUAAUCGUUCCGAAAUGAGCAAAAUAUCUUUGAAUGAUGAUAAGAUCGAUAAGGAAGUUAAGGAUGAAAAUGAGAGAGAAGGUUAUUUAUACCAUUUUAAUAAUCUUACGCUAUUGAAAACUGGCGAGCCAUUAUGGGUGCCGGAAACUCAGGAUAUGGGAUUCAUGACCGAAGAUAUGGUACGUGAGCAAGAGGAAUUGUUCGAAAAUUUAGGUUCUUCAGAGGAUGCAGCUAAAAUAAGAGCUCAAUUACAAUCUGCUCAUUUGAAAUCUGCCGCAAAUCCACAUGCUGUAUUAGAAGAUUUUGUUCGAUGGCAUUCACCACGUGAUUGGAUUGUUGAUGAAAGUGGAGAUCCGAACAAGGGAGUACUUAGUUUACGGAUGAAAGAGAAAGGAAACCUUUGGCAAGAAUUGUGGAAGUCAUCAAAAAGAAUUCCGGCAAGGCGACAGAAACCCUUGUUUAAGUACACCUGUGAAGGAGAAAAGGCACUUCAUUAUUUGGACAAUUUAUCAGUUCAGGAUUUGUUUAAACAACUUUUACCUACUAUAUUCCUUAUUGCAUAUGACUCGUUGGUCUCCCAAUCUGUUUCCAAAAACAUUAAACCAAUAUCAUCUAGUUUAGCAGCUUUGGCACAAGAAUUACUUGAUUUUCCAUGGAAUGAUAUAGGAACUAAAAAUAUUGUGUGUGAUGGAUUAAUACAAUCAUUUAGGCAGAAUGAAAUGCUUAUUGGUAAAGCGAUAUCUCUUUUGCGAAAGUUACCAAAUCAAUAUAAUUUAGUAGCAAGGUUACUAGAAAUACCCGAAACGCAAGUUUUAGACGGAAAAGAACGUGAAACAGUUUAUGGGUUAUUUGCUAAUGGAGCACCGCUAAAUGAUUCGUUUCCACAUCCUACAAAACGCGAAUUUGUAUUACAAACAACGUGUUUACGACCAACCCCAGUUCCGGCAAGGAUGUAUGUUUCAUUAGAUGAUUCUGGAAUGAGAAUCGUAGAUAUGGUUGGAAAAGACACAGUAUUUAUGUAA